AUGGGUAUGACGGAGCCAUCAAACGAGCAUUCGUAUCUAUUGAGACUCGGAGAUGAGCUCCUGCUCAGUAUCUUGGAGCUUUUGAGCGUCCGGGACAUUUUGUCGUGCUCUUUGACCAACAGCAGGCUUCGCACUGUUUCUAAUGCGGCAUUUCUCCCCUUUCGCUUAGCUCUCAAACACUAUGAGCUCCAAUACCACCCGUACGACUCGCCGCUGCAAUCGACGCCGGAUCGCCCUCUGGGCGAAUUGCUAGAGUCAAUCCACACCUUGAAUCGCAAUUGGCUACACCUUAAUGUGACCGACAAAUCCAGCUUGAGAAUCAUCGAGCCUAUGGACGACAUUUACUUCUUCAAUCAGAAGGUCAUCGUCAGUCGUUAUGAUGAUAGCGACGACGAGGACAUGAUUGAUGAUCUGGACCGUCAAUGGGACAUUGAAGUCUUUGGAUACGGUGCACCAGAAGCGGUGGACGAUGGGGACAUUGUUGAAAUCGAUGAAGAUGGGGCCAUCGUAGAAGAAAUAGACCCAGAGUCGCAUGGGAUCGACGUGAACGCAAUCGAAACGGACGAAGAGGACUCGGACGGAGAAGCGCCGUCACAGAGUGGAAGUGAAGACUCGAACUCGGACGAUAUCGAGAUCCUAGAAAACGAGGGUAUUCAUACGACGGGCCUCCUUCGGGUGACAACUUCGACACUACGUACGAAUCAAGUCGACAUCACUCAAGACCUGAUCAUCACCGCCGAGAAGUGGCUGAGGAGUAAAGUUAAAAAAUCGGCACGAAGACCAGUCCGGGGCGGUCUCAAUUUUGCUCGAGAGACCCAUUUCUUGCGGUGCUUGUCCGUGACGGAUCUCAAACCACAUCCUGCUUGCAAUGCAAAUCUUGGAGCGAUAAAUGUGCAAAGUUUGUGCACAGUCAACAAAGAGGACUAUGAAGAGCCACUAGACUUGCGAAUACAAGGCCCCCUGGUGGCGUUCGCUGUCCGACAUGCACAGUUAGAUAGGAUUGUCGUCGUGAACUGGCAGAGCCCUUUGCGCUCGAUCACGAUUUCGCUGGUCAAAGAGCUAUAUAUGGACAUUCACUUCCUCGCUAAUGAUCUGCUCGCCAUUCUCGCUUGUCCAGUCACCGACGCUGACAUGCUGCGACGAGGGUUGGACGACGAAAGCUUUCCCAUACGACCACGGGGUGGCAGGUUGAAACUUUAUAUCUACUAUGUUGGACCAAGUAAAGGUACUGGACUCACAAGUCCUUGGCUCCUUCAAACCCUCCUCCUUCCACGCUUCAUCGACCGAUUAAGCGUGGACCUCGAAGCUGGCAAGUUUUUGCCACAGGCAUCUGAGCACUCGUCACAACCAGCCAAGGGAGCCCCAGCCCUCGCCGACGGGCUAGCGUACCGGCAUACAAAUGAGGCAGGCGUAAUUGGCAUCACAUUUAGCGGCUUUGUGCACAAACGGACAGCAGCCUCUGAUGAAGACAACCCUGACUCAGGAACCGAGUGGAUUGUAGACAUUGUGGUUCUCAAAUCCCACUUGCUCAAACUGGCAAAAACCGCCAUGGACCAAAAAUCUGCCGGCGAAUGCGAGUGGGAUGAAUGGAUCGGGAGCAAUGGGGAGUACGUACGUGUGUUCCCGCAUAGUGAAGAAGGUUGGCUUGGCUUGCCAAAACUGUAUGAAGCAAGUGGCUACCGAUUAGCCAGUAUCACACCUUUACGACGCGGUGACCAGCAAAUCGAAUAUCCAUAUGCGGUAGAAGCUGGUGAUGGGACAAGCGACGCAAAGCAUAUAGUCCAAGCCGAUCGACGGAUGGACGUACUCGAUUUUUGCCCUGCUCGAAUCGAUGAUGUACGGGAGGCGCUAGCAGCUAAAAGAAGGCGAAAAGAGUUGGAGGAUGCCAACGAGGACCCAGAGGAACCAAAUUUGGGCAUGUUCGGCGUCGAUCGUGCAAGUCUGCUGGACGGAGAAGGAUCCGAAAUAACACUCGUAGAGGCACCCAGUAAAAUUGAGGGUGGCCCAUUCGUUGGUGCCGUGGAAAGCUCUCUGCCGUAUAUCCUCAGUCGUUUCGACCUCGACAGGGGGAGGAAAGCAGAUGGAACACUGCCUCUUCCCGAGUCGAUAUGGAUGACUGAGACAGAGCUUGUCCUCCAGGUUCGUACUGGCGAUGACGAGGAAGCUCCGUAUCUCUGUUUUGAUAGAUAUAGUCUAAUAUAG